CUAUCCUUGAAUUCACCAUGGCUGGUUAGCUGCUUCAUUUGGCUGUUAAAGAAGCUGCCUUUUCUUAACCAGGUUUUGCCAAGUUUAGAUGUCAAGUUAUGGGAUAAAAAGCCCACAGAUAAAAGAUUAAACUAGCUCUGAAUGAGUGGCUUCUACUCUUCAUUUUCCACCACGUUAACGCUUUUUAUGUCUGAGAUUGGAGAAAAUGGAGAGAGGACGCUUCAAGCAACGGUAUAGCCUCAGACAAACCACAGGUCUACAGAGAAGUAGCCCUUGAAGUUCUCAGCUUUGAUGCAGUACAGUGUACCGGGUGCAAGAUGACGGAAGAGGUGAUUGUCAUCGCCAAGUUCGACUACAUGGCCCAGCAGGACCAGGAGCUGGACAUCAAGAAGAACGAGCGCCUCUGGCUCCUCGACGACUCCAAGUCCUGGUGGAGGGUUCGUAAUGCCACCAACAAAACAGGCUUUGUGCCGUCCAACUAUGUGGAGAGGAAAAACAGCGCCAGGAAAGCUUCUAUUGUCAAGAAUCUCAAAGACACACUCGGAAUUGGGAAGGUGAAGAGCAGAAAGGGGGGGAUGAGAGACACAGCCUCCAACGCAGACACGGACAUGUACGCAGAUAAUGGCGAGCGGCUGUACGACCUCAACCUGCCCGCGCUGGUGAAGUUCAGCUACACAGCGGAGCGCGAGGACGAGCUGUCUCUGGUUAAAGGCACGCGGGUGGUGGUGAUGGAGAAGUGCAGCGACGGCUGGUGGCGUGGCAGCUACAGCGGACGGUCUGGCUGGUUUCCGUCCAACUACGUGACGGAGGACAUGGAUGGGACGGCGGGGGGAGGAGGCAUGGGUGGACUCGGAGACACGGCCGGAUCGCUAACGGAGAAGCUGACGGCCGUGAUGAACAGCACCACGAACGGGAACAGGGUGCUGCACACGGUCCAGGCGCUCUACCCUUUCAGCUCGGGCAACGACGAGGAGCUGAACUUUGAGAAGGGCGAGGUGAUGGAGGUCGUGGAGAAGCCCGAGAACGACCCGGAGUGGUGGAAGUGUCGCAAAGCGGACGGACAGCUGGGCUUGGUGCCUAAAAAUUAUGUCACUGUGCUGGACUCCACCUCCCAUAAACCCGGCGCGGGGCCUGCCGGGCCGCCCACACCUGACUGUGACUACAUCUCGCCCUCGACCAUCGGGCGCUUCGCGGGGAAGGAGUGGUACUACGGAAAGGUGACACGCCACCAGGCGGAGGUGGCCCUCAACCAGAGAGGCGUAGAGGGAGACUUCCUCAUCCGAGACAGCGAGUCAUCGCCAAACGACUUCUCCAUCUCCCUGAAGGCGCAGAGCAAGAACAAGCAUUUCAAAGUGCAGCUGAAGGAAACCCUUUACUGCAUUGGACAGCGCAAGUUCAACUCUAUGGAAGAGCUUGUUGAACACUACAAAAAGGCCCCCAUCUUCACCAGUGAGCAGGGAGACAAACUGUACCUGAUCAAGGCCCUGGCUGCCUCCUGAUCCCUCUCUGUUACACACACACACACACACUAUACAUUACACACAUCUAUACAUUAACUGCAUCCAUAUAUAUAUACAUACAGAUACUUACGCCAGAACACACACUAACAUUUAAACUCCAAGCCUGAGGACUUUAACACAUCAUCAGGACUUCAAUGCCCCGAUUUGUGAGCAUUCCAAGAGGAGAUAUGGAAAAAGCAUGGGAGAGACACGGAGGAAUGGAAGAGGAGAGAAAAAGACUAUGGACUCCUGAGAGUUGACUACAGACCUCUUGGUCGCCUAUUUUAAAUUAUCCAGAUGUGUUAGGUCAUAGGCAAUGCCAUGUAUUUCCACCUUGAUAUCUUGAUAUCUAUUAGAGUUGCAUUUAGUUUGUUUUUUUUUGUUUUUUUUUUGUUGAUAAUAUAUAAUCUUUUUAACAGUUUCUUUUUAAAAAAUGUGAUUUUUAACUGUAUCCAAUUCACAACAACCACCGUAUGAGGCAUUUUUUCAAAUGUUAGCAAACUAGCCUACAGAGGUCUACAUUUCAACUCAUUUUUGUGUUGUCUGUCUUAAUUCGUCCUUUUAUGAAUUGUGGACACGCUAAUCCGCAACUUCUGCUAACUGCUAAUCAUGAAUAAAAAAACUAAGUGACCAAAAUAUAUUUAUUGAUACAAUUCUGUUAGGAUCGUGGUGGUAGAGAUUGGAAUACCGCGCUCAUCUGUGGUUGGAGGAUUCCUCUUCUUGUGCAAAGACAAACCUAGUUUGUUUUUGUACAACAGAAACUGCUUGUCUCACAUAUUGCUGUAUCCAUAUCAUGUGAAUGUUACAAAGCCGAGGCAUCACUAGACAGCGGGGGCUGACUUUGCAUGCGUGCAUGCAAACAGAAACGUGUCCUCACACCUUCGCUGUUAUCUCCCAAAAAGAGAUAGUCCACAUGAAUGAUGGGGAGUUUUUGUCCGUGUGUCUAUAGGUCAUGUGAAGAGUCAGAAAGUACUUUCCCUCGUAGUCUGGAGACUUCCUCAGAGCAGAGCAGACCUCCCAUCCCCCUGCUGGAUUGUGACUGGCAGCUGAUGCGUCUUGUGUUGCCAAAGGGGACGUUUCUCUGGAGAUGAGGAGGAAGGAGGGCAGUGGGGUUGGGGUGUUUGUUGACAGCAGUGUGGCUUCCAAACACCCGCCAGCUCUGUGGAGCUGAGAGGGGGAAAUGGAGGACCAGUCCAGGCAGUCCAGAGGAUGAUGUCACUGCUCCUGAAUUAGUGAUCACUGGAGGGAAUGGAGGAGUUAAGGGGUCGCCCAGGGGUCAUGUUUGUGCGGUUGCAGCAGCGUAUACAUCGAGCCAAGAGACGUCCUCUUCCUCAAGGAGGCACAAAGGAUUUCCAGAAAACGAUUCCUUGCGGCGAAGAACAAGAAAUGCUUGAUGUUUUUUCUUUGAUAUCUGGGUAUUUAGUUCCAUGGCCAACAUGUCUUAAGAAGUCUCCUAGUUUGGGGGAUUCCAGCUUGUUUUUCCAAAUGUAUGGCGAAUGGGUAUUUGUUGAGUGAAAAUGGACCAAGUAGUGUUUUGAAUGUCGAAGGGGCAGCUAGCACCAGCGUCUGCAAUCAGCGCUGCAGCAGCGUUGGCAGGGAGCCGCUCCGGCAGUGGGCUCAGGGAGAUGAUGAUGAUCGCGAUGCUUGCGAUGAUGAGUUCUCCAGCUGUGGCCAGUUGGACCCGAGCGCAGAGAAAGGGAGAGAGAGAGAGAGAGAGGGGGAGGAAGAGGGAUUUCAUAGAGGAGGAAUGGAAAAAUGGACCCUAAAAAACAAAAGCAGUGAAGUAGGAUCUAGGGAGGAGACUUGGAGAAUGUGUUUCACAAGAGAGAGAAUCUGGAUUACCGCUCCCAGUCAUAUACUGGGUGGGGAAAUGAACCGAGGCCAACGCUGAUGUAUCAUAGUAGAGAAUAAAGGGUUUCGGAUGGGAGGGCUUCUAAGGCCUAAUUAAUCCAAGCAUGAAAAAGUCAAGUCAUGCCACAGAGAACACAAAACAUGGGUGUGACGUUUUUUUUGUUUUUUUUUCUCUCUCUCCAUUCCCCAGAUGAUUGACGGAGCUAUUCAUCCGAGAGCUGUGAGUGUGUUUUCUCUGUUAUGGAGCUGUAAAAGAUUAAUUCUAAACAGGGAAAACAAUUUAUCACGGGUUAAAAUGGCAAGUUCUAAUUAUGCGCCUACAGUACCAGACGUCAGUUGAUUUAAAGGUGCUAAAUACGACAUCGGGAGCAUUUCUAUUGUGGUUAAAAGAAAUAUUAGAAAUGUAAAAUUAAAAAGCGGAGCAAAACUCAGAAGAGCGGGUUUGUCACUUAAAGGAGAAUAGUUGGUCCACCUUAAGAGAGCCUUAGCCGGUGUUGCAAAACACGGGAGCUUGGCUUGGGUCUGAGGAGUUGUAGCAUUUAUUCACCGACAAAUAAACUGUACACACACCGCUACGUUCACAGCUAGAACGCCACCGACAAACCCACACUCCCCGCGGUCUGUCGGACACUCGUAACGUUAUGCCAGGCGUACACAGCUGACAACCUCGCAGCUAAACUAAACGGUGCGGCGGAGACUUUUUACUGAGAAAGUGGCUGCAUGUGUCCACGACAAUACACGCAGCAUCGUGGCUUCUAACUCUCCUGGUUGGGUGAACUGGGGGACUCAGUUGUCUGUUUAGCGCAUGCACUGCAGCUGGUGAUAAAUUAUGUAUUUAACCUGUUUGUGCAUCGGCUUAUCAUUGUAGUGUUUAUGGUGGGUGAUCAUCUGUAACCGUCGUAUAAGAGCAGAGCAGCGGCGUUGAGCUAGCCAGUGGGGCAUGUGCACGAAUAUGCACUAAAAGCAUGUCAACAAAGCAACUCAGAUUACAACACACACUGAGGGAGAGCGACUUCAAUCUCUGCUCAGGUAGACAUUACUCCUCUAUAUCUUUACAUGGCAAAUAGUUGUUUGCUGCUAUACCAAUGCUCUAGAUAUCGAAUUUAGCACCUUUAAGUGAGAUUAUAAAUAUUAAACAGUACAAAAAUAACAUUCCAGGAUUAACAAGCUGUUUUAUACAUAACAUGGUUAAAAAUGUAAAUCACAGGAUUGUUUAUCAGUUGUGAUUUUUGUUCAUUUUGGGUCCCAAAUCUAUAAUAAUAGUUGCGCCUGUAUUCCCUUUUAUUUUCAGUUAUCCCCUUUUGUUCUCUAUGUUAUCACCAGAGAAGUAUUUGGGUAACAGGAAUCCUGUCACAAAGUCGUUUUAUUACACCCAAUCCCUGGCUGUUGUAUUGGUGCCAUUUCUUCUGACACUUUAUGUGAGAUAGUGUUUGCCUACAGUAAUCAACUGCUAUCGACAACCUUUUUUUAUUUGUGAAAUUUCCUCCCUGACUUCCAGUUUCUACAGCAUCUGUACUAUUACGCAGCAUUAAAGUGACACAACGCCAACGCAACGUGCCCCAGUUUGAAGGAUUUAAGGAGGAGAUUUUAACGUGCCUUCACAGCUUUCUGUCAACCAAAGGUUUAGUCUCUUUUUUUCUCCCCCCACUUCUCUUGUCACCUCUGCGUGCUAUUUGGUUAAUGUUUUGCAUGUGCGUCAGUCUGAUUAGUGAGCGACGUGUCGGGGGGUGUUGUCGAGAAUCCUCAUUUAGCUGUUGGCUGAAAAUGUCAUUGUCUUUUUAACGGUUUUAUUUUCUGUCACGCAUAAAAUGCCCAUUAGGUGAUAUUGUGUGUAGUUUCAAGUGACCUUACCUUUGCUGACUUCAUCAAGUAUAACUUCUUAAGUGAACAGUGAAUGCCUACAUGUACAGUAUAAAAUAUGUGCUGAUGUUCAUUCAGAAACGUAACCCCCCCGCCCCCAGGUGUGAUGUAAUCAUGACCUGAAUCUCAUGUAUGAGCACCUCAAGUAAACGGCAUCGCGUAUCGUCGGUUGUGAAGAAACUGUCACGGUUUCCGAGGGGAUUUUUUUAUGUCUGUAUGUAUUUCAUAUAAGACUAGUGUAAGACAUUCACUUUUGCAGUUUAGCCAAUUAAAUAUGUAAAAAAAUAAAACCCUCAAUACUUAAAUGUUUUACUUGAUAUUCAAAUACAGAGCUACGGUAUCAACAGCAUAGAUAUUGUUAUAAACUGGGAUCUUUUUUUUCAUUUUACACCAACGGAGGCCGCAUGAGCAGAGCCUUGUAGCUGUACAGAAAUGGUUUUAAAUCUGCUUAUAAAGACACUGAAGUCAGUUGCGACAGAUUAUUAUCAAGAGAUCCACGAUCAAGAAACUACAGCGCGGCCGCAAAAAACUCUUUUGUUUUUAUCUCGACUGCUAAACGAGCCUGAGAUAAUCUUGAAUCUCCGGAUUUGAUUUCUUGAUAAUAUUCCGAGCAAAUGACCGCGUGUUCAACUUUGGUGCUUUUUGUGCUGCUUCUCGGUGUUCUUUGUCUCACAAAGCUUUUUUUCUGUAUGAGAGAGAGAGAGUGAAGAAAAACAGAUCCAUGCUGUGGAAUGAUAAAAGGCAGUGCUGUGAAAUUUAAUGUCAUGCUCUUAAUACUGUUUUUAUGGAGGGGAGAUCGUCUUCAGGUGUAAUAAUUUAGAAGAGUUUAUUAGAGUGUUCAAAAGACGUAAUAAACGGCAUAAAAAAUGA